CUUCUUGUUACGACCUCCACUUUCAAAAUUAUUUCACGAGAAUAGGACAUACAAAUAUGUUACAGAUCUAUGUAACAUGUGGUGAAUGGAAAUCCUUUGAUAAGGAGUGGAAGUUUAUUGUUGAUGAAGAAAAAUGUGCUAGAUUACUCACCUUUCAAUCUACAACAACUCUUGAAUACCUAAAACUGAUGGUUUCAGAAGACUACACCAUAGAACAUACUAUGGUUGAUGUGGAAUUCAGCUAUCUACCUAUAGAUCUCGGCGUUGAUUCUCCUCCAGUUCUUGUAAAGAAUGAACGACAGCUAAAAAAUUUUGUUGACUAUUUUAAAAGGAAGAGUAACAUACGAUUAUGUGUGACGUUUACAGCAAGAGGUGACAACCAAAGGAGUAGAGUGAAUACUGAUUUGAAUGAGAAACUACAUGAUUCAACUGAAAGGGGCAAUGAUUGUCAUGUGCGUGAAAAAACUGAAGCUAUGGUGAAUGAUCAAUUCGUCAAAAAUUCUUAUGUCGUCGGCUCCAGAUUGGAGGUUACCGGAGGUCUUAGAUCCGCCGAAGUCAACACUUGUCGGAAACGCAAGUUGAGAUCCGAUUCCGCUGCGGAGGUUUCAUCAUCGACGCCUGUGAAUUCGAUUUCCACGCCGAUGAAAUGGAAAUCUCCCCGACGGUGUGCUGUUUCAAUCCCUAAGACGUCUGAUGAGGAGAUUAAGGAAGAUUCUAAUGGGAAUUUGGCAAGUCCAGUGAUAUCAGUAGUGAAGAACUUAGAUGUUUGUUUAGAUGUUGAAUCAAAGUGGAACCCUAGAGAUGAGGAACAAAUGAAAGCUGUGAAGGAGGCAUUGCAUGUGUCUAAGGCACCGUCAACUGUUGUUUGCCGUGAGGAUGAGCAGAGACGGGUUUUCGAGUUUGUUAAAGGUUGUAUGGAACAGAACAAGGCUGGGAGUUUGUAUAUAUGUGGCUGUCCUGGAACUGGGAAGUCACUAUCCAUGGAGAAAGUAAGACAACAAGCUGAAGACUGGGCGAAACAGACAGGGGUGCCUUGUCUAGAAACAGUGUCUGUUAAUUGCACGUCAUUGACAAAAUCAACAGAUAUUUUCUCCAAGAUACUUGGUAAAAAUGAGUCCGGGAGGGAAGCUAAUGGUUCAUCUUCACCUCUACAACAACUUCAGAGCUUGUUUUCUCAAAAGCAACAACAAUCCAGCUCAAAGAUGAUGUAGGUUUUUGUUUUGUUCUUGGUCUGUCAUAUGUUGACUUGGUAGAUAUAAUUUGUUGCGCUGUAUCUCAUUCAAGUUUCUUCCUCAAGCAAGUAAGUAACACAUCAACACAUAUUUGUUGAUAUCUGUACUUUGCGUUCAUAAGUUUUAAAAAGAAAACUGUUU